GUGUAUGCAAAGGUAAAAGCCCCUGCUUUUGUGAUAGCGUGAAAGGCAGUAAGGGUGAAAAAGGCUUCCCUGGUGUUCCAGGACCACCUGGUCAUAGAGGCUUUCCAGGUCCAGAAGGGCCUCCAGGACCACAGGGACCAAAGGGUUCACCAGGGCCUAUGGGCUUAGCUGGACCCAAAGGUAUACGAGGAGUCCCAGGAAUACCUGGAUUUUCAGGUCCCCCAGGCCUUCCAGGUGAACCAGGAAUUGCUGGCCACCCUGGGCGCUCAGGUGUUCCAGGUUGCAACGGCACAAAGGGUGAUCGGGGUUUCCCAGGUCCUCCAGGUAGAAGAGGUGCUCCAGGCAAUCCAGGUAUUGCUGGCAUCAAAGGAGAUAAGGGGUGCCCUGCAGAUGGAUAUGACCAAGGAUAUGGUGCAAAAGGUGAUCCUGGAUUGCCAGGAAUGCCUGGGCCUCAGGGUGCUCAGGGUGUUCAAGGACAUCCUGGGGAAACUGGACUACGGGGCCUUCCAGGAACUUCAACUGAAUUCAAGCCUGUAAGUUCAGCUUGUUACCUGUACAUUAUGGUAGCAGACUCCAGUAGUUUACAUUGGAUUUUACUACCUGUAGAUAUGUGCACAUGGGUGGAUGAAAUUGAAUAG